AUGCCCAACAUCUUGGCGCUCUGGAAGCGAUGCGGUCCGAUCAGCUGGGCAGAUAGUGUGUGCGCGCGGCCGAUGCGCAGCCGUCCUCCCUCUAUACGUCAUCGAGUUGAUAAGUCUGCUCCUUGGAGCACGUGCGAUCAUGGGCGAGAGGGUAGCACGAGGGCCGUAACAGAUAUCAACGCGUACGAUGACUCGAUGGCAAGUUGGGCACGGCAAGCAAGAAAGGUCGCAGCAACAUCCCCGUCCAGACGUGCCUCAUCGGCCAUAGCAGACAAGCACUGCCGCGCUCUGAUCAGGCUACUGCUGCGAUCUGGUGCAUCCCAUCCGAGAAUGUGUGCGGCGAGCGACUACAGCGUGCGAGCAGGCACUGUGCAAGUGAAGGCAGUAGAGCCCGAGGGUAGAGAAGCCGACCGGGGUGACGGCCGAGGUGUCAGGGUUUUUGUGGGACGGGGAAGCGGCAUGGAAUCAGAACAGAUCGAUGCAAAGAUACGGGUUCACACCGACCAACUUGCUCGGCGCGGCACAAAGCGCUCAGUACUUGACCACUCUCCUUUCGAAUCAGUCGAGCCCGUCAGAUCGCGAGGGUACCGACAGAAGCGCGAGCGAGAAGGCUCGCUGGCCAACAUGGCUCGGCCGGGCCUCAUGCGAUCGCAGGCUGACCCCGACGACACGUUUGCUCACUUGAAAGAACUCAAGGCAAAGCAGACGUCUUCAUACACUAAGACUCGAGGAGGCAAGCCGGCUGACAGCAAAACAUCGACAGCGAGCGAGUCAGCUAUUGCUGCUGUACCCAGUGAUCAGACCGGCAAGCAAAAACCAGGCGAGACAGACGUACCUCAUCUGUCGACCACUUCAAAAGCAUGUGUCCGUUCUGCCGUCGAGAAGUCAAGACAAGCCGAAGCGCUCAAGAGACGCAAGACGAAGAAAGAGCAGGCAGCUCAGCGCGCUAAGGCUAGCGAGACUAAGUUCCUCGCUCGCAUGGCAUCGGCUCGAUCUCAGGGCGCUGUCGAAGGACCAAUCGAGGUCAAGCAAGGGAGACACGCCAACUUGUCCGCAGAUUCUCCUGGCCAGGACGAUGCGAUCAUGGAGUCAGCACCAAAGAGAGCACGCGCCACCCGCCAGUCAGGUCGGGCCGAUCACCGUCAUGUCAAGCAGACCAAGCCAGGCCCAGCUGAAGACCUCAAACGCAAGACUGCGCAGCGUCACAUCAAGACAAUUGCGACAGGAUCAGUCUGCGGCGAUACCGAACAGCGUCCAAGUAUCGUCCAGCGUCGCGUUAGCCCGCGCACAUCAGGCAAUUUCGAAACGCUCAGUGACACCAACAAGGAAGCUCUCGUCAAGCAAGCUGUCCUGGAAGCUGUGCCCGUGCUCGAGGCUGUAAUCGCUCCUGCGCGACCUGAUCAUGCGGGCGACAAUCUUGCCGAGCACCGAUUCGACAUCAACAUUCCGCUGCCCAUAUUCAAUGAGGCCGUCAACCUUAGCGGCGAGGCAAGCAAAGCCGUCACACUCGGCAUCACCCGAAUUGUCCAUUCUGAGCUCAGCCGACACUGUCUUCGCUUGCUUGAGGAGCACCCAAGACGAUUCCGGUCGUAUGGCGAGGCCGUUGACUAUGUCCAUCAGCAGUGCUACGACCGCAUGCUGGGCUUUCAGUCCAUCAGCCCGGCGUUGUACAGCUACGUCCACAACGAGCCCCAAGACGACCACGUCGACCACGUUACUGACCAGCUCGCCAAAGACAUUGUCAGUUUCAUCGUCGGCGCUACUUUCGACAUGUCCAAGUUCAACGGACUGCGACAAAUGCCCGCCUUCGCCCCUCUGCUCAAAGCUACUGAUCAGGCACCCUCGGCACAGCUGCUUGCUAAAAUCUACGAAGUCCAAAGUGCACAGAUCCUCAAGGCAGUACCGAUCUUCCUCGAACAAAAGCAGAACAAGCACCUUACUUUCGACGACUUUCUUCAUUGCUGGGCCGGACUGCCCUAUGAGCUAGCUCUAGACGUCACACAGUUCGCGAGUUUUAUGCUCAAAUAUCGCCAUCCAAAGAAGUCGUAG